GACAGGGGCUGCCGGCACAGCAGAGCACCGCACAGCCCGCCACGGGAGGGGCCACGACGGGACGGGCAACCUUAAGGCGCCAUCCAUCUUACACCUACUUCGUACGUUCCUCCUGGACUGAUGGGCAGUCAGUCGUCUCUGGCGAAACACCGCCCGUGCCGGUCCCCCGCCCGCGGCCCUUUUUUUUUUGUUGGGCAGCAGCAGCUUGCUUGCUUGCUUACUUGCUUGCUUCCCGUCAAAGUUGCUUGCUGCCUCGCCUCUUGACGGGGGCCACGGCCGACGGAUGCAACGACGACAACAAAAACCCAGAGACGACCCGUCCAUCCGUCGGUCCGUUCGUGCUUCGUAGAGCGACUUCUCGCACAAGACUGUACAGCACAGCACAGCGCUCGUUCCCGAUGGUGCGGUUUUGACCAGCGGGCGAUCCAUCGGCACACCCCCCCUCGAGCCGUGUGACACUUUUAUUUUAUUUUUCUACUUUUUUUUCUUCCUGUCCUUCCGUUCCUCUCUCUUUCCCCCAAGUGAGACAGCCUUCUCCCUGCCGUGGCCUGGCCGCGCCUCAGACGUGAGCCUCACACCCCCCCGGAAAAAGCCCACAUUCGACCAGACAAACGUCAUCGCGUCCCCACCGAGAACCCCAGAACCCCCCCGAAGCCGUUGCUCCAGACACAGGAGGAGUAUCUCGCCUGCCCGCGGCACUUGUACUCGUACUAGUACUACCAAGCAAUACCCCCGCGGGUUUUGAUUUGAGUUCGUUGCCAGUCCUCUGUCUUUCGUACCUGACCUUGCCUCACCUCACCGAUCCAUCCCCCCAUACCCCCUUUCCCGCGCCCGACGACGACACCGUUCGUCCGCUCGGCUCGCUUGUACGUGCUUGGUGCGUGCGUGUGUCCGCCCUGCAGACGGACGAGACGAGCAGAGAGUGGCGCCACAACGCAGGUACGUACGUCUAAACUCUGCCCUGAACUGAAGGACCCCCCGCCUGGCGCAGCAGGCGCAGGCAAACGCGUCCCCUCGGGCUCGAGAUGCCGUCCGCCGUUUCCGAUGCAAAUCCCAACCCCGGGCUGCGCAGCACAACACCGCUGCGGCUUCUUGGCCGCUCGAUGCGAUUCGCGUCCCGGGGUGGCACAGCGCACCAGGGCCCAUAUCCGUGGAGAUGCCCAUGAUGCCAUGAUGCUGUCCGCACUCUCCAGCUGAGCCAGGCGUGCACCUACGUACGUACUCGUACUUGGUGGUACGGGUGCGACCGUGGGCGGUGGUCCUGUUCUGUGUGGUCCAUGUCUCCAUGUCUGACGCGCAUUUUCUCCCAGGAUAGGCCCGUUCUCUGUCCUCCUUCUCUGCACAUCCCCGUGCGCCGAGCCGUGGGACACGACACGCCCCCCCCCCCCACCAACUCUCUCCUCUGCCGCACGCCGCUCUCUCUCUCUCGCUCUCUGUUGUUACUGCCGUGCCCCGGCAGCCUUCAAGUGCUCUUUUGCCUUUUCAUCUUGACUUCUUCCCGUUGCUGAUUCUGACAUCGCCGCUUGGUGUUUCCCGCUAUUGCUGCAUGUUAGAUUUGCUCCGGGGCGGAGGGUCAUAUUAUCCAAUAUGGCCUCGAGUAAGUCCUUUCGAGCAACUCUGCUCCCUUCUUCCUUCUCUUUUUCCACCUUGCGAACCAAUUCAGAUCCCGACCACCGUUCGUCGCGAAAGCUCCCUCGCCGCACCUCGAGCCUCGAUCCCCUCAAGCAGCUCCAUAUCCGCAACCCACACGCGCCGUCACCCGUCCAGACGCCCCCGACGUUGCAGGAGGAGCCCGUCUUCAUCCAUCCCAAGGCCGCCGACGGCCUGCCGGGAGAGCCAGUGCCUCCUGCUACCCGCGCGCGCACCAAAUCCAAGACCUGGGGCGCCCGCGUCUCCUCCCUCCUUCCUCCGCUUAUGUCGCCCACCGCAGAUACGAAUUCCGAACCGGUCGCCAGAAAACCCAUCAAGGCGGUGGCCACCAACCCGCCCGCCCAGCCCUCGCCACCUCCACCCUACGACCCUCGCGAGUCCUCCACCAAGCGUCUCAACAAGUCACCGCCGAGGUCCGACGUGCCUGUCGAGCCUCUCGGACACCCAAGCCCGCCCCGAACACCGCAUGCCUUGCCACCAGCCCAGACCACCAUGUCCUUGCCCGAGCUAGACAUGGGCAUGCUGGCCCUGUCCACGUCUGUGAAGCCGCAAAUUAUGGCGCCCAUUCCCCCUUCCCCGAUAGCAUCAGACGACCACCCAAGACCAACUCCGGCCGGUCUCACGGAGCCUCAGUCUCCUGCCACCAAGCAAGCACGACUGCAAAAGGGGAAACCCGAAUCGAGGCGGCGGAGCGCUUCGCUCCAGCAGCAUGCGGCCCCCCUUCCUCAGCCCGGUAUCAAAGCCCGGACGACCUCGCCCAUGCCAGAGCCCCGGGGCCGACGCAGCAUUUCCGCCCAGACUCCUGUAAUCGCCGAACCCGCUACUGGAUCACGUCUCUCCAUCAGCCCUGGGAACCGGCGAUCCGUCUCUGCCGCCAAGGAUGGGAGUCAGAGCCCUUCGAGAGGAAGAAUCCGAAGAAGCUGGCUUCCUGGUGGGGGCAGGUCGCGCUCCAACUCAAUCGAUGUGCAAGGGACAGGCAAGUCGUACGCUUGGGUCAUGUCCGACGAGGCUGCUCAGGCCGAGUACAACCCAUCGUUCCUCAAGAAUGGGGAAAAGGUUCCUGAACUGUGGAACGAGAGCGGUGCCGUUCUAGUCUUUUUAUAUCCCCGAGGCAGCAGCAGCGGUCCGUCGUUCAAGGUGCCCGAGUUCACCGUCAGUUCCUCGUACGUUUUCAACGAACUCAUGCAAUCCGAAUUGGGAGCUCUCGGCAAUGGGAGGAGCCGUGGUCACAGUUUUGGGGGCCGGGAUAGCCUUAGUGCGCAGGAUGCGACACGGCUCGUAUCGCCUCCCAUGUCACCGUCGCUGUCCGACUCUUCCAACUGCAUGCGUUUGUACCUACCGGCUGCGCCCCCAUCCGGCUCAGGACACCUGAGCGCGCCAGGAGAAGGCUCCAACGCGGAGCUCGACCGUUUGAUUGCUAUACGGAAUCUCUUUGCCUUCUUGACGGGCCAGCCACUGGUUGGCACCAAGGCCAGACCCACCAUAUUCCAGGCCUUCCUCGAGAUUGCAGAGUUGCUGCAGGAGUUCGGAUUCGCCGGCGUGGACGGGGAAACGUUUGGCGACGCCGUCGAUCUCAGCUUCAGCUUCUACUCUGAGCAGCUGGGCCUCGCAGACUGUCGGCACAGCCGCGAGAAAACCCUCGAAGCCCUCAUCCUUGGCGAGCGAAUGCGAUGUCUUGAUCUUUACAACGAAGCUUUCGCGCAUGCCGCCGGGAAGUAUUCGGCCAUUAUGGAUCUGCGACUGCCUCUGUGGGGUCAGGUCACCCCUCUGACGCGUCAACAGUUGGAGCGAGCGCAUCUUGAUCUUGUUAACCGCCAGCACAAUGUCAACGAGCACCUCGAGCAGUUCGAGUUCCCCUCUCUCUUCGCCGGCAUCGCCAAUUCCACGUCGAUCCCAGAGCUCAGAAACGUGCGCUUCAAAGUUUGGAGAAACUCGUUUACCAGGAUGCGCUCCUUUGUUCUAGGUUAUUACAAGAGCACGUUUGGUAGCUGGCCGCCCAAAGCCAGCAGCAAGAAGAACCCGUUUGCGGAGAGUGGUCUGAACAGGCUCGUCCUCAAGGUUCUGUACUCCGACAUGUGCGCCCUAUAUGACUUGCUCGUCGACCGAAAAAAUCUCACGUCGAGAGUCAUGGAUGAGGUUCCCGCCAUCUCCAGCGAAGCCGGCAAGAUGACGACGUCUGCUCUGCGAAACAUCAUGUCGGAAUUUGACAGAUCCAAGCCACCCGUUCUGCCACCCGUGCCAUUUGAUCUUCCUCAGUUGCCCUCGAUGACGGCUAUCCACGAAACCUUCCACUCGCUCUCUGCCAAGGACCAGAGCAAGUUUGAAAAGAGAAUCAAGGAGCACGAGAUGCUUCUUAUUCUCAACAAGGCGUAUAAUUACGACACAAACACCAUCAAGCUCCCGUUCCUGGACCAGUUCAAAGAUUUCGAGAUGCGAGAGAGCAGGGGCAAGAUGUGCCAGGAUCUGGUUGACCAGCGCAUUGGGUACUGGAUCUUCCUGUACGUCGUCUUGCAAUCGCUGCCCAUGCUAGUCGUGGACGCACCGGACCUGAAGUAUACGGAUGGGGUCGAGUACUUCAUCUGCGAACCGCCGAUGGGCAACCCGCCCUGGAUGGAGGACAGGCAAGUGCGUAAGAUGUGGUACGAAAUUGCAGGAGGCGGCGGUCGCUUGGUUGAGCUGUCGACAGACGCCAUCAUGUUCAGUGUCGAGGGUACAUACCAUCGAAGCCACUGUUGGCUGGCGGCAAAGCAGUGGGAGGGCGCCGAGGGAGCGCAGGCACCACCUCCAGAGCCAGCCAUGUCGCCCCUCGAGCCGCCACGACCGAUUUUCCAAGGCGUCGAUGCGGCCAUGUCGAGCCCGCCUCCGGUCGGCGGCGCACCUGGCGGAUCAAGCACGCCAUCGCCACCCCCUGGAGGACCUCAGCCAGCUUUGCGACCGCGGACCUUGUCCCCGGCCAUGAACCGCGCCAGCUCGGCCUGGCGUUCAAGCAUUGCCAUGGGCCUAGAGCCCGUGCCCAUGGAGCCCCCGAACGUGUUUGGUAGCCGCAACAGAAGCAGCUCCGUGGGCCCGCGACAGUCCAACAGUCACCUUGGCGCCCGGAGUGUGUCGACGGGGAAUCUUGUGGGCAUGUCGAGGAGCCCGACACCAUCGUCACAGCUUGCCGCUAGUAGUUCUGGCGCCACCUUUGAUGACAUUCUCGGCGGCGAGCCGCAGCAGCAAAAGUCGAAUAAGAAGAAGAGCAGGUUUUUCUGAGGGCCGCGCAGGGCGGCUGGAGGCGACCCGAUGCCACGGUAAUUCAACGUGUCGCGUAUCUGAAGGAUGCAUUCUGUCUGGAGUUUUUUUUGUAUUUGAGCCUGGAAAUGAACCUAGACGAAGACGAUAUAGGCGACGCCAUCUUGACUGACUGGCUACGUCUUGAGGCCCGGACAUGUAUGGAGCCACACGCAUGGACAUAUAGACGAUGCAGAUGCAGAUUCGAGCGUUCUUCAUGGCAGUCACGGAUAAUAUGACACGGAUAUACGCAUCAGCGCACGCACUAACUGGUUCGCAAAGCGGGUUCCGUGCUUGAGAGAGAGUAGCCACUGGCAACACGAUGGAAUGCAUCACGGGUAUUAGCCAUGUUGAAAUGUACUUGCGCUCCGCCGACUUUUCGCUCCGGGCUGCUCUGUCGCCAUCUCGGCCUACUUGCCUCGAGUCGUAUUCGCACACACACCGAUACAAAGUACUCUCUACCUCGGGGUAUAUUCCUGUCCGCUCAUCUGCUGGUCCGGAGCCGUCUCAGUCGACCCUCCCUCCCCCUUGAUCCAAGUUCAUGGCCUAUCAUGGUGAUCAUGCCGGGGGCAAUGCCUGGCCACCCGUGUUGCUGUCGUUUUCCUCCUAACCACAUGCCCCUCAAUCGAGCCUUACGCGCCUCCAGCGGCCUCUCUCGGUGUGCCACCAGUUUUCCUUCUCCCUCCUGUCCGCGACGACACCCUCCCUCCUGUUCCAGUUCCCGUCGCAGCCGCUGCGGCCGGAGGCAAGACCCUCGCCGCAAUCCGAUGCCAGGUCCGUGACGUCGACGAGCCCGCCCUUGUCGUCCGACGAGCCAGAGUCAGGCAGGAGGUUCAACUCGAUAUUACUCCCGACAGUGCCAAUGUAGCUUCCCAGGCCGAACUCAUCGACAAGACUGCCGUUCUCAUCCUGGACGGUGACGUGGAAGCGGAAUGCGGUGGUGGCUAAGCUGUCGUCUUCGCGGGCGCUUUCGAUGCGCGCCUGAGCAGCCAAGCGGGCGCGGUGGAGGCUGGUGCAGGGGCUGGGCACGCUGGCAAGCAUGCCCGGCAGCGAGCUCGUCGUCGGAGAUUUGGCGAGAAGCUUGGUCGGGGAGCCGGGCGUGCUGAGGGAGCCCGUCGGCAGGGACAUGGUGCGGAAGCGGUCCCCGGGCAGUUCGAUCCUGUCCACUGGGCGACAGAGGUUCUGGAAGAUGCCCUCCGGGUCAUUGGGCGCCCUCAAACUCCUCAGGGCGGGGAAGCCGCCGGCUGCGAUACUACGCGCGAGGAUGUCAUCUGCCGCAUUGGCGCAGCCGCAAUGGUCUGAGAUGUCCCAAUGCAGUGUCGAGACGCUCGAAGAGGCGAGGUACGGCAUCAUCCACAGGAUGAAGGAGUCCGACUCGGGCAUGAGCGGGGCAAACGACUGAACAAAGGCGAAGCUGGUGAGCGAGGUCAACAUGGAGAGGAUGCGGGCCAAGGCGGGCAAAGACGUCAGAGGCACGUGGCGAAUGGUAAGCUUCUCGAGAGUUCGGCUGUUGGCACGAGUGGCGAAGCUGGAGAGGCCCUUGGAGCUAAUGCCUGCGAUGUUGGAGAGGGUCAGGCUCUUUAGACAAGGCAGGGACAAAAGGUUCGUGUCGGUGAAGGCGUUGGCGGGAAGGUUAGACAAGUGUAAAUGCUGGAGCGACGGCAAGACAGUGAGGGUCCUCGCGAGGAGCGUAUCCGGUCCGAGGCUACCAUCGGGCAUGCAGUGAAUCGUGAGACUCGUCAAUUUGGUCCAUUGGCGGUGCUGUUCGAGGAAAGUACACUCCUGAGCGGGCGUCAAGCUCGCGGGCAAUGACGGUUCACACUGCAUCAGACUCUCCAGGCUCUGGCCUGCCAGUGCGUCCUUGGAUGGUUCAAUGAACCACAUCACAUCUUUCAAGUUGGUGCGUGUUGACAGCGCGUGAAAGAGCCUUUUGAACGAGUGGUUGUACGUGAAUAUGGG